CCUCCUUCGAGCCGGCCGCGAACACUAGUACUUAUGCCUAGUGCCGCCCCGUACUCCUCUCCGCCAUGCCACAUCUCGCUCAUCAUCGCCAAUUCCCCUUUUCUGGCAACUGGUUGAGAUAAUUUUGCAUACCCUUUUGAUUGACUUCACCACAGCAGCUUUUGCAUCAUGAUCACCAUCACUCAGCUUAUCCUGUCGCUAUGCACUCUGCUGCUGGCAUGCGCCGAUGCCGCGGCGCCAUAUCAGCUUCUCAAACCUCCUCUCGACACGCCCUGGACCAGCAAGGUCGGAUCCAAUCCGUGGCCGCAGUAUCCUCGGCCGCAGCUCCGCCGCGACGUCUGGCAGUCUCUGAACGGCAUCUGGACAUUCCAGAAAGCUCAGGGCCCAGGUGAUGUCGCCAACCCACCGGCUCUUCCUCUGGGACAGGAAGUCCUGAUUCCCUCUUGCAUUGAGAGCGGAAUCUCCGGUAUCCAGGAGAUGAAUGUCAUCCACAUGUGGUUCGGCACCAACUUCACUGUCCCGCCUCGUUGGGCUGAUAAUGGCCGGCGGGUCAUGCUCAACUUUGAGGCGGUCGACUACGAGGCCACCGUGUAUGUCAAUGGAGCCGAGGUUGGAACCAACCGCGGGGGCUACCAUCGCUUCACCCUCGACAUAACAUCCAACAUUGUCCGAGACGGCGCUAACCAGUUGCAUGUUUUUGUCUUUGACCCAACCGAUGACCAGAGCAUCCCCCAAGGCAAGCAGGUCAGGCGGCCUUCUCACAUCUUCUACACGCCGUGUACCGGAAUAUGGCAGACUGUUUGGCUUGAGAGCGUCCCGAAGGACUUCAUCUCGAGCCUGGACAUUACUGCCGAUAUGAACGGGAACGUUACCGUGGUUGCCCGCAGCUGGCACAAGGAGAACACGCCUGUUGAUAUCUCGAUUGCCAGCCCCCAGGGUGACGUUGUUGCCUCCCAGCAGCAUGUGUCGGACCAGCCUUUCACCGUCAAUGUUCCAUCGCCGAUGCUCUGGUCGCCCGACAGCCCAACUCUGUACAACAUCACCGUGAUCAUGGGCGACGACGAGGUCAAGAGCUACACCGGCUUCCGGACAAUCUCCACCGGCGUCGUCAACGGAAUCCAACGGCCUCAGCUCAACGGCGAGUUUGUCUUCAUGUUCGGCCCCCUCGACCAGGGCUACUGGCCGGAUGGAAUCUACACGCCUCCGACUCUGGAAGCGAUGGUGUACGAUCUCGAACUCAUCAAGAGCCUGGGCAUGAACAUGGUGAGGAAGCACAUCAAGGUCGAGCCUGACCUCUUCUACGAAGCGUGUGACCGGUUGGGUCUGCUCGUCAUGCAGGAUAUGCCCUCGAUGAGGGUCUUCACCAACGCCCCGCCCACCGACGCCGAGCAGAGGGAGUUUGAACGCCAGCUCGAGAUCAUGGUCAACGAGCACAAGAGCUACCCGAGCAUUGUCACCUGGGUCAUCUACAACGAGGGAUGGGGCCAGAGAACGAAUUAUUAUCCUGAGUUCUUUCUGACUGACCGAGUUCGUGAGCUGGACUCAAGCCGAUUGGUCAACUCGGUCACAGGGUGGCAUGAUCACGGGGCGGGUGACUAUCACGACAACCACCACUACGCCGAGCCUCAAUGCGGCACGCCGUGGUCCUCGCUCCCAAACACACCCUACGACCCCAAACGCAUCGGCUUCCAAGGCGAGUUUGGCGGGAUCGGCCACCGGCCAGCAGAUGAGAAUCUCUGGCCUGUCCCAGAAGCCGUUAGGACGAUCAACGAGACCUACGAGCUCCACAAUGCCGGCCUCGAAUCAUACCACUACCGCGCCCACGUCCUUCUGCAGCUGCUGCGCGAGCAGGUCGAAAAGUACGCCUGCAGCGGGGCAGUCUACACGCAGACGACUGAUGUCGAGGGCGAGGUCAAUGGCUUGAUGACGUAUGAUCGGCGCGUGGUGAGGGUUGAUGUCGAGCAGUGGAAGAAGGAUAUCCAGGGGCUGUACGAGGCGGCGCGGGGGAGGGUCAGGGGAGCGGGGCCGGAGAAUAGGCCCGGCCCUCAUAAGUCUGGCGGUGGGGGAGCCCGCGGGGGACACUCGGGACAGCAACCCCAUUAGUGCAAUUGGAGUAUACUUGGCGAUAGGGUUCGCCCUUCUGCCGUGGCGGUUUUGGAGAGAGCCAGCAGCUGGUUUAGGAAAUAAUACGAUUUC